AUGGAAGAAUCCAAGAGAGGAUUCCUACCUAUGAGACAUGGUAUUUCACUCUCAAAGGAAAUGUGUCCUUCAACUCCACAAGAGAGAGAAUGCAUGAGUAAGAUUCCAUAUGCUUCAGUUAUAGGGUCUAUCAUGUAUGUCAUGCUAUGUACUCGUCUAGACAUGUCGUAUGCUUUAAGCAUGAUGAGUCGAUACCGAGUAGAUCCCGGUGAAGGUCUUUGGGUGGUAGUUGAAAACAUCUUUAAGUACUUAAUAAGGACCAAGGAUACAUUCCUUAUGUAUGGAGGUGAGGAAGAGCUAUGUGUAAAAGGUUACACUGAUGCUAGUUUCCAAAUCGAUAAGGAUGAUUCACAAUCGCAAUCAGGUUUUGUGUUUUACCUUAAUGAUGGUGCUAUGAGCUGGAAGAGUUCAAAGCAAGAUGCAGUAGCUGAUUCUACAAUAGAGGCUGAGUAUAUUACAGCCAGUCAGGUAGCAAAAGAAGUUGUUUGGAUCAAGAAGUUCAUUAUUGAACUAGGGAUAGUGCCUAGCAUAUCAGAUGCUAUAGAACUCCGUUGUGACAAGAACGGAGCUAUUGCACAAGCCAAGGAACCCAGAUCUCACCAACGAUUCAAACAUAUACUUAAAAAGUAUCAUCUUAUUCGAGAGAUUAUUGAUUUAGAGGAUGUGGAGAUAUGCAAAGUACCUACAGAUGAUACCAUUGAGGAUCCACUAACCAAGCCUCUGACACAGCAAAAGCAUGAUCGUCACACUAAGUCACUUGGUAUUAGAUAUAUGAGUGAUUGGUCUUAG